AUGGCUUGGAGUUUCCACUUUGUUCCCUUGCUCCUCCUCCUCCUCCUGCUCUCCUCCACUUCCGCAGUGGCCACCUCCGGGCACAGCACCGGCAACGCCACCGCAAGCCUGAGGCCAGGGCGGGAGCCGCUCAAGCACCGGAGGAGGGUUAGGGCUCUCCUCGGCAGGCUCAACAAGCCCCCCCUCAACACCAUCAAGAGCCCGGAUGGUGAUUUAAUCGACUGCGUCCCCUCUCACCUCCAGCCCGCGUUCGACCACCCGAUGCUCAAGGGACAAAAGCCUCUGGACCCGCCGGAGAGGCCCAAGAACUACAACUCCACCAUUGCUGGAGCGGCGGUGGUGCAGGCGUGGCAUGCCACCGGCGAGGCGUGCCCGGAAGGGACGGUGGCGCUGCGGCGGACCACGGAGAAGGAUCUGCUCAGGGCCAGCUCCCUCAGGAGGUACGGCAGGAAGCCGCCACGCCGGACCACUCGCCGUGAUUCCACCAGCAGUGGCCAUGAGCAUGCAGUUGGGUACGUGAAUUCAGAGAAAUACUACGGGGCCAGAGCUAGUGUUAACGUGUGGUCACCCAGGAUAGAUGACCCAUCCGAGUUCAGCCUGUCGCAGAUCUGGGUCAUCUCCGGCUCCUUCGGCCACGAUCUCAACACCAUUGAGGCUGGAUGGCAGGUCAGCCCGGAGCUGUAUGGAGAUAGCAAUGCCAGGUUCUUCACUUACUAG